AACAUUAAAAUAUUAUUAAAUUUUUCACUGUAAAAUUUAAUAAAGUUUUAUAAAUAAAUAUGUUGCAUCAGGGUUUUAACUAAAGAUAUACAUCAUCGUCAUCAUCUGCAAAGUAUCCGUUUUAGGUAUUCCUUCGCCAUAAUACAAAUAGAAUGUUUCAUAAAUCCAUUAAGCGAGCUGUUCUAUCUCAUAAAACUUUGAGUAACUUUCGCCAAUAUUCAAAAACCAUAAAACAGAAACAUCCUUUGAGAAAGACAUUAGAUAUUAUCAAAGGUGAUUUUCCCUCAGUAUUUGGGAAAAAAGACAAUUACCUUGAACAUGCCGAUAUCGUAAUUAUUGGUGGAGGUAUCAUCGGGUCAUCUAUUGCUUAUUGGUUGAAAACUAGAGCUGGAAGAGGUUUAUCUGUAGCAGUUAUAGAAAAAGAUCUAACGUUUAAGAAAGCUCAGCAGUCAUCUACAUUUUCUCUAAAUCAGCAUUUCUCACUCCCUGAAAAUAUAUUACUAUCCCAGUAUGGUGCAGAGUUUUAUAGAAAUUUCAAUAAAAAUAUGUUCAGCAAUGUUGACAUAGAAUAUUGUCCUCAUGGAUACUUGGUACUGGCUAGUGAGAAGUAUGCAGAGAACAUGCAAUACAAUGUGACACUGCAGCGGGAGCAUGGAGUGAGGAAUGAGUUGCUCUCACCACAAACUAUUAAGAGGAGGUACCCAUGGAUUAAUACUGAAGAUGUUGCCUUAGGAUGUGUUGGCACUGAAUUAGAAGGAACCUUCAAUUCCUGGUCAGUACUAAAUGCUCUCGUACAAAGAUGUAAAGAUAUGGGUACUGUCUACAUGGAUGCUGAGGUGACAGGCUUUGAACUGCAAUCACAAAGAGAUGUGAUGAUGGAAGGGGUUCCUCCGGGCAGUUUCAAAAGAAUCUACAAGGUACAAUACACUUCACCAGAAGGGAAGGAAAUGGACAUUAAAUUUGCUUCUUGCAUAUUGGCAGCUGGUGCAGAAUCUGCAAAUAUUGCCAAGAUGGCUGAUGUUGGUAUUGGUAAAGGACUUCUGUCAAUACCACUUCCUAUAAAAAGCAGGAAACAAAACAUCUACACAUUAAAGGGUGACGAAAAUCCAAUCGGUAUUGGGACUCCCUUGAUUCAAGAUUCAAGUGGUUUGUGGUUCAAAAGAAAUGGCUUAAUGAAUGAAACCCUUGUUGGACAUCUCCCAUUGUCUACUGUUGAUUCAAAUAUUUCAGAGCAAGAGUAUUUCGAUACAGUCAUCAAACAACCACUCGAAAAUAGAGUGCCUGUUUUAAAAAAUGCUGAGAUCAUCAACACAAGUACAGAAUGCACAGAUUACAACACAUACGAUGACACUGCUAUUGUUGGGCCACACCCAUAUCACAACAACCUAGUUAUUGCUGCUGGAUUCGGAGGGUUAGCAUAUCAACACGCACCUGGCAUCGGAAGAGCUAUAGCUGAGCUAAUUAUUGACAGCAGAUACAUUAAUAUUGAAUUAACAAGGCUUCAUUUUGAUAGGUUGCUCACUAGCGAAUCUAUGGUAGAGUUAAAUAUUUAUUAAUAGACAUGAUGGAGUUAUUAAAUUAUUGUUGUUAACUGAA